AUGGCGGUCGGCGAAGAGUUUUGGCGCCAACUUGAGAGUCUCAGACAGCUUUCUUUACGGGAUUUUGAGGUUUAUGGACACGCUGAGGCGACGCAAGACAGUGCUGAAGAUGUAGACAGAGCAGCAAUGGAAGGGUGCGAGCGUGUGGUGGAGUCUGUGGUGGCGAGUCUGUCCUCAGGAGAGUGCCCCGUGCUCCGUGUGCCUCGCUCCCACAGGAGCGACGGCGCGGGCGGCGUCGGAGAGAGCCUCGUUACCGUGGGGGCGCCUCGAUCCACCCGCCGCUUCUCCGUGCUGCUCUUCACCCUCGCCCAGGCGUUCCGCCACGUCGCGUCAGGGACCUUCAGCACCAGGAGAGACGUAUUCUACGAAAACGUGUGGCUCUAUGGCUCUCAGAGUGCCCUAGACCGCGCCGCUGAGGACCUGAGCCGCCUGCUAGGAGUGCCUCGCCGGGGCCUCCACCUCACCAUCACAGGGAAGGGUCUGGUCGCGGGGUGCCUCGCCUACACCACGCACGAUGGCACCACUAUCGACGUCAGCCAAGCCCAGCAAGGAGUGCUGGUGCCGGAAUGCGUGCAGGGCCUGAGCGGCGUGGUGUCCGAGGCGCGCUACAUCCUGGUGGUGGAGAAGGACGCCACCUUCCAGAAGCUGGUGGAGGCACAGCUCCAUCGCUCCUUCGGACCCGCCGUUCUCAUCACGGGCAAGGGCUAUCCCGAUGUGCUGACCAGACAGCUGGUGUUCCGGCUGUGGAGCGAGCUGCGUGUGCCAGUCCUCGCCCUCACGGACGCCGACCCCUAUGGGCUCCACAUCGCUGCCAUCUACAAGUUCGGUUCCCUGGCCCGCGAGGAGCCCGGCCUCUCCGUGCGGAGUCUGGCGUGGUUGGGCGUGCUGCCGUCUGACCUGCCGGCGCUUCAGCUGCCCGCCCACGCCCUCUUGCCCCUCACGCCCACGGACCACGGGAAGCUGGCUACGCUCGCUGCCCACCCGCUUGUCUCGAAGUGCCCGACGUGGCUGCACCAGAUUCACGAGCAGCAGAAAUCAGGCUACAAAGCGGAGAUCCAGAGCCUGACUCACAUAGCGCACGACUACCUCACGUCCUCCUACAUCCCGACCAAGAUCAGACAAGGAGGCUGGAUCACAUAG